CCGCGCAGCAAUGCAGACGUGGCUUCUCGUGCUCGCGCUUUCGACAUGCGCGUGCGCUAUAACGCGCGACCAGUUCUAUCCUCACGGCUCGGGCGUCGAUCAACGGCUGCCCAGAGGAUCCGAUGUUGCAUCACCAGAAAUAUCUUUGAAAGUGCCCAUCGUUUUUUAUGGAGAAGUUUAUGACAGCAUAUAUGUCAACAACCACGGAUUAGUAUCUUUCAGGGCCGAAAUCCCGACGUUUAUGAACGCAGAAUUUCCUCUGCCGUACCCUUCAAUAGCCGCCUUUUACUCUAAUGUGGACACUACACAAAGUGGAAACAUUUACUACAGGGAAUCAACUGAGCCGCAUGAUCUGCUUAAAGCAGAAGAAAGUGUCCAAAAUAAUUUUCACGACUACUAUGACUUUAAACCUACGAGUGUAUUCGUUGCUACUUGGAUUGAGGUGUCGUACUCAGAGCGACCUGACCGCAAGAACAGUUUCCAAAUAGCCGUGAUUAGUAACGGAAACGAGAGUUUCGUAGAGCUUCUUUACCCAGAAAAAGAAAUUCAAUGGAUACAGAGAGAGACUCGUACAUCCAGUUUUCCUGACGCAAAAGCGCAAGCCGGAUUCAUUGCUGAGGACGGUCGCGUAUUCACUUUGAGAGGCUCGGGAAGUCAUCAGAUUCGCAAUGUUGUGUCAUGGUCAAACACUCAUGAGCCUGGCAAAUACGUUUACCGAGUUGGUAACAUACCUAUGGAUGGUAAUGUUGUUGAUCCUGAUCAGUUCAACCAGAGUGAAAUCGAAAUAGAAGAGGAAUCUAAAACAUGUGCUCAAAGUGGUCCCAGUGUUUGCCACAUGCAAGCACGAUGCGUCGACUACCAGGCCGGAAUCUGCUGCCAGUGUAACGAAGGAUUUUAUGGAAAUGGAAAAUCCUGCAUUAAAGACGAUGCGCCGCUUAGAGUUCAUGGAAAGCUAAAUGGCAUUAUUAACGAUAUCAAUUUAGAUGACGUCGAUAUUCAAGCAUAUGUAGUGGUCGCAGAUGGACGUGCCUACACUGCUUUAUCUCGAAGUCCACCGACACUAGGAAGCAGUCUGCAGUUUUUGAAUGUCUUAGGUGGUGUCAUAGGCUGGCUCUUUGCUAAACCUGUAAGCACCGCCAAGAAUGGUUACCAAUUGACUGGAGCGUUGUUCAAUCACACAGCAGACAUUUUUUUCCCAAGCACCGGCGAUAGAGUAACAGUAAACCAAGAAUACCAAGGUCACGACGUAUUCGAUCAAGUUAUUCUUGACGCCGAUAUUAGAGGAACAGUUCCAGUCAUUUUAAGUGGCGCUAAAUUGGAAUUAACAGAAUACGAAGAGCAAUACAGUCUUAUCGAAUCCGGACUUAUACGUUCAGAGUCCACGUGUACUUUUACAAAUAAACUUACAGGUCAGCGAUACGAACAGAAAGUAUCGCAAAUAUUUACAUUUAACGCUUGCAAAUUUGCUCCUCCAACUGACGAAGACUCAACCCCGUUAACAUUAAAAGUUGCAAAAACUUAUUUAGGUUACGAAGUCAAAGAAAAUAUUGUCAGAUAUGGAAUGAGCAAUAAGAUCACUCCGCUCGGUCAAGAAGAUCCAUGUAUACAGGGCAGAAACUCCUGUGGAGAGCACAGCGUUUGUGUUGUACAAGGAGAUUCUUUCCGAUGUGCGUGUCAAUCAGGUUUUACCCAAAUUCAGGUAGACUCUAGAGGAGGGUGCAUUGAUAUCGAUGAAUGCGCGGCAGGAGUACACAAUUGCGAUAACAAUGCAAUUUGUUACAACCAUGAAGGUGGAUUUCAGUGCAGAUGCCUCCCAGGUUUCGAAGGAGAUGGUGUUAAUUGCAGAGUAGUUUCUCAAUGCAGAGGCAAAACAUGUGCUCCCAAUGCGCAGUGCAUUGAAAACUAUGCUGGAGCAACCUGCGUCUGUAAUCCGAAUUAUGUGGGAGAUGGGAACACUUGUUUGCCCGAAACAACAUCACAACAAAACAAUCAGCACCCGUGUAAUCAAUGUUCUCCUUUCGCUUCGUGCUCUUUCGAGCAAGAAAGUAACGCUUUUCGAUGUCAAUGUAACGACGGUUACACUGGAGAUGGCUAUUACUGUGAACAAGACGAUUAUUCUUCGACGCCAGCACCAUUGGUACAAAUCACUACACCUUAUGCUACUCCUUCCACACUCGAAGAAGAUUACAAUGAAACGUUUGUGCUUCCUAACUGUCUAUCCUACCCAUGCACUUGCCCUCCUGGGUAUUCAAGUUACAUAGACGAAAGAAACAACGAUCUAUGUCGCCUUGAUGAUCGGACCAGACCUGAUAACAGCUCAAUGAAUUGUGAAUCUGACACCCAAUGCCCGCCUAAUGCAGUAUGUCAGUUUUCGCCAACGUCUCCAUUCGGCACAGGACAUUGCGAAUGUCCGGAAGGUUACGACGGUGACGCAUACGAGUGCAUAGAGCGCACGGGACCUACCUGCUCCUGUGGACCGAAUGCCCACUGCAUAGAGACGGCGACAGGAGAACUCUGCGUCUGUAAUCGCGGAUAUCAUGGCGACGGUUACACUUGCCAACCCAGCUCCAGCUGCAGUAGCAACUCCGACUGUGAAUUCCACGCAGAGUGCCGUCCAGAUACCAGCGGAGAUAACGUCUGCCAGUGUAUCGAAGGAUACAUAAAAGAUUUCAACGAUGCUUGCAUUCCUGAUGUACAGUUAUGCAACGAAAGAAUUUGUGCUGAACAUGCUUCUUGCUUAUUUGACGAGAAUCUUGGCAUUGGCUACUGCCACUGUGAUGCCGGGUACCAAGGUGACGGGAUAACGCAGUGUAUACUUCCUGGCAAUACCUGCGAUGUUAUCAACAACUGCCAUCCUAACGCCGAAUGUUCUUUUGUUGACAACGCUUAUAUGUGUGUCUGUAAUGAAGGGUUCCUCGGAGACGGUUAUCAAUGCACUCUUGAACCGAACUGCAGAAAUAUACCGAAUUUGUGCGAUCUACAUGCUUCAUGUCUUAAACAAAGCGGUGGAUAUGCCUGUGAAUGUAAUACAGGUUACAAUGGUAAUGGAAGUUAUUGUGUCUUGAAUCCUCGUCAAGCAGGCAACUUCCUUGUUGUAACCGAUGGCUCUUCAGUGAACCGAGUGCCAUUGAGAGGUGGUCCGCGCGAUUUCUCAACUCCGAUAAACAGUCUGCCCUAUCAGAUCGCCGUGGGCGUAGACGCGGACUGCGAAAGUGGUAGUAUAUAUUGGGGAGACGUUGCGGACUUUGCCAUUAAAAAAACGGCUUAUGAUGGUUCUGGAUUUGAAAAAUUUUUAUCAGAUGGAGUUAAAGCCCCGGAAGGCCUAUCCGUCGAUUGGUCUGCACGUAACAUUUUCUGGACGGAUUCUAAGAAAUUGACUAUAGAAGUUGCCAAUCUUGACACAAAGUUGAGAAAGGUUCUUUUUGCGAACGAAGGCAUUUUCAACCCCAGAGGCAUUGUAGUCCAUCCACAGCGCGGAAAAAUCUUCUGGUCUGACUGGUAUCGCAAAGCGCCUAAAAUUGAAUGGGCAAACAUGGAUGGAACGCAACGAGGUAUUUUCAUCGACAAAUCAGACCUGGGACUACCCAAUUCUCUGGCUAUUGAUUGGCAACGAGAUCGUCUAUGCUACACGGACGCUGGUUUAUUUGCUAUCAAGUGUGUCAACAUUGACACUCUAGAGAAAGAAGUAAUUGCGGAAGGGCUGCCUUACCCUUUCGGUCUCACCAUCAAAGAAGACAAGUUCUAUUGGACUGAUUGGAAGACCAAACCACAACGGAUCGAGUUCCUCGAUAUCCGAACGCAAGAACGGGGACAAAUCGCGAUAACAACAGCGUCCCGUAAAUUAUACGGGCUGACAGUAGCUCCACAAGAAUGCCCUACAGGUGGCAACGUAUGUCAAUACCGCAAUGGAAAUUGUGAACCGAACCGUCUGUGCCUGCCGGACGGACGAGGAGGACGAUCUUGCACACCAGCAGACGCUAACGCACCGAAUGACUAUUUUAAUUUAAUAUAAAAGCUUAUCGAUCACGAUAAUAAAGGUGACAUCUGUAACCAACAUCUGAAGAUACACAUUCAUUCGAUUACAAAACAUCAGACUAUUUUGCAGACCAUGACAAUAGAGAUAAUUUUUAGUUACCUAGUGGUAAGAGUUUAAUACGUGCAGACAGCUCGAUUACAACUCAUACUGGAGAACAACGAUAAAAAAACAUAGUAAGCUGGCCUUGCUCUAUGAACAAAUCUGUAUAGCAGGAACAUCGAGUACAUAACCAGAAACAGAGACGAAAUAAGGACCAUCCAUCCCUGGCAACUCAUCAGGCAAAUGGGUCUUAUAUCACUUUUAAAUAUCAACUCUAAAUCAAAUAAUCACAAAACAGAAAGCUGUAAUAGUACAGCGCCAACCACUGACCUGUGUGUACGUCUCCGUAUAUUCCAAAAAUAUUCAGUGUUUAUUGUAAUAAAGACAAUACUCUAACAACACGUUUUCCUCACAUCAACGAAUGAUGUGGGAAAAACGGCAAAACAUUUAGUUACAAAACAAACGGAAUCACAUUUCAUCGGUAAUCAAAUGUUAAAUAUGUAAUUUUUAAAUUUUCGUCCACUAUAGCAAAACUCAAGUCAAGUGACACCCGUCAAUUCUUUCGAAUUCGGGCUAGCCAAUCGGAACGCAGUUGUCACCGGAAUGAUUUGGCAGAAUAGUUAUCAAACAAAUUAAAUGACAUUACGUCUCUAUUGCUGGUUAUAUACUCGAUGAGCAGGAAGAAGGACACGCGACUCAGGGUAAAUUAUUACAUUAUUUUUGCAUAAACCACGUCAAGUAAUGCAAAAUAUUACUUGGACCGAUAAAUUACGAACAGUGCAAGGUCAUGUUACUUUGGUCUUUCUUAUUCUUUCCGUCUCCAGUAUGAGCCUUGAAUUAGCUUAAUACGGCCUGUACGUAUUAAAUUCUUUCUAUUACUUAAAAAAAAAUUGUCGAUUAUUGUAUUCUACAAUAAGAGAAUUAGCUUCCACAUAGUGUAUUAUUAGAGUAAAUCAAAAGAAUGAUGCGUGUGGUAUCUUCAUAAUAUUCUCUCCAUCAAACGAACUAUUACAAUAUCAUUUUUAAUAAAGACGCUAAUAUAAAAGUGUGUAUCUCCAAAAACUUAAUGAGUAAUUUCUAACUUAAGCUUAUUUGAAUACCACGUUUUUGUGGUGAUUUUUAAUAUAAUACUAAAUACAUAAAUAACUGUUCAAUGUGUGUAACUAUAUAUAAAUAUCACAGAAUGUGUCAAUCAGUGCUCUAUUAGAUGAGACACUCUACUACUCUAUUACUGCCGUCAUAAGUUGUAAGAGCACUUGUAACAGAAACUCAAAUCAUGAAAAUAAUGUUUAAAGAUAUUAAAUAAAAAAAUAUCCACUUUUCUCUUACGGUAACUUGAUCAUCCCCACCUGAGUACCCUGACCCUAUCCGCCAAGGAAAAAAUAAAAAUAUACAAUAAUACGUAACAUUUAUUUUUCAAUAUCACAUGCGCCCUUUCAACUAACGGCGGCAGAUUCGGGCAUUUACACCAACACUGGUUUUGGGCACUAGUCCUAUAGGAAACCCGUGGCCUCCUCUAUUAAAAUAGGGCAUUUAUACCAUAGCCUUAACACUGGCCCGUACAAUAAUUUUCACAUUUUUUUAUAAUUUUUGUGAAUCUUCGAUAAGUAAGGAAAAUAUUUAUUUGAAUAAAAAUAAUGCACUAUAAGUUACCAAAUUUUUAUUGUUUUAAAAAUAAAUUUACAUUUACACAAAUUCUUAUUAUCUAAAUAAUAAAGAUUCAUAUUGAUUGUUACACAGACA